AUGUUGAAUAAGUUGAUUGCGGCUGAUAAAGAUGUGCAAGAUCUUCAACUUCUUCAAGAUGGAGUAGGGCAUGAAGAUUUAACUAAAUCUGGCUGGCUAGAAGAAAAAAAAGGCUAUGUAAUUCCGAAAAAGUUUACCGAGCCAGAGGAAGACUUGCACCGAGAUCAAAAAGGAGCUUUCCUCUUAAGUUUCUUUUACGAUAAAGCUCGGGAUGGUAAUAAUCGUGCUUUCGAUCCUACCGAUCUAGAUCAAGAAAAUAAGGUGAUUGGCGGAAAUAAAGGAAUGGCCGGACAUUUAGCGAUUGGAACUGGAGUCGGAAAAACCACCAAGCUAAUUAAUUGUUGUGUUUAUUGCGGAAAAGAAAAAAGCCAAACUUCAAUGGAAUUCUGUCGCCAAGGAACCUUUACUAAAGCGACAGAUGAAGAAAUUGCCAAAGGCAAAGCCGACAAAGAAAAGCAAGAAAUUUAUAUUAGCCAUGAUGCUAAUACUGGACAAUUCGGAAGCAAAGAAGAAGGGCAAAAAGGCCUUUCGGUAAUGUUUUUCGGUAAUUUAUUAGGAACGGUAGCUCGCAAUUUAUUCGAAGAAAAAGAUACUAUCGUAGUUUUCGAUGAAGCUCACUUCAAUAAUCCUGGCUAUCAAGCCUUACAAUUCGAAAUGAUUAAAGCGGGUUAUAAAUGUUUAAGAAUGUCAGCUACCUUUCCUAAAACUCCCUUCUCAGCUACUUCUACUUAUCACAUGACUAGGAUGUUCAGUGGUAAAUUGAAUCCUAAAAUGCCGGCUGGUUUAAUGAAGAUUGACAAUGCUGAGCAAGCGGAAAUAAUCGAAGAAAUGCGAGGGGCAAAGAUUGGUUCCAUUAAGUUCAAAACCGAAAAAGGCUUACCUAUUUUUAUUGAAGUUAAUUUAGAAGAAAGAAUUAGAGCGGGAAUUAAUACUAAAUACACUAUUUACGGAGAACAAUAUGAUGAAAACUGUGAAGAUGUUUCUUAUGGCCAACCUUAUGGCUCAUUAGGAAUAGUAGAUGGGCGAAGAGAAAUGGGUUAUACUCCGGAUGUUGACACCGUAAUUUGCUCGGGAAUUACUGAAACCAAGAAUUUAGGUAAUUAUUUUUCUUAUUCAGAUCCCGUGGUAGGAUUUACUCCGAUUUCUAGUUUAGUUCAGCAAAUGGGAAGGUGUGCCAGGGUUAAACCCGGGUUAGCUAUUACUUUAACUAAAGAGAGCAUGGAAAUGGAUUUGUCAGACAAUGUUUCAGCGGCCAUGGUCAAAGCUUGUUUUGAUGGCAACACCAAACAAAUUAAUGAAAAAGAUUACAAACAAAUUUACGACAUUGAUAUUUUACGAGGUGCUUUGGCUUAUCCCUCUUCAAAAACUUUCGGUAAAGCCCCUGAGGAAAUAUUAAUGGGGUUGAAGGUUUCGGAAAAACAAAUCAAAGGCCGGGAUGAAAAAGUGCCUAUGAAACCCGAAGUAGCUUUAAAGACUUUAAAAGAAAUGAUUGCUAACUUUAUUAUUCAAGAUGGCUCUUUCCCGCAAGGAUUAGAUAUGAAAAAACAAGAAAAGAUGAUUGGAGUGGUAUUGGGAGAAAAAUUAGGAUCAGAUAAGGGUAAAGAAGAAAUAGUUCGCGAAACUCGAAAAGUUCUAAAUGGACUGGUAAAAACCAAAAAAGACGAAUUGGGAAGUAAAGAUUUUGAUGGGGGUAAAAAAUGCAGCAAAAACCCUAACACCAUUAGAAAGUUAGCGGGAUUAUAUAAAUUGACUGAUGCUAAUGUUGAUUAUAAGAGGUUGAAAAACGAUGAAGGGGAAGAGCUCAAGCAUAAGAAUAUGAAUCACCAACAAAGAAUAAAAUUAGGAACUGAAUUACAAGAAAUCAAGGAACUAACUUAUUGCCAAAAUUCCAAAGCCCAUUUAGAGGAAAUUGCUGACUUGCCUGAUUUUCGUCAAGAAAUUGAAGAAACUACCAAACGGGAUACAUUAGAAGCUUUUAAGGAAUUAGAGCAAAAGUUGGCCAGGGGAUUGUUUAAACAUUUAGUAAAUCGCAAAGGGAAUAGUGAAGCUACUGCUUAUAAAGAUAAAGAUCUGGUUUUUUCAGAGAAUUUAAAGAAAAUAUCUGAACAAGCCACAGAGGAAGAUACUAUGGACGGUUAUUAUAACUUACUGAAAUCUUUUCGAAAAAGUUAUGAUGAAUUGGUAAAAUUGAAAAAGUCCGAAGACAAUGCUGAUGCUUUUUUAAAGCAAUUAACUGAGAUUAACGAAGUAGAUUUAGGCGAUGGCAACCUAACUUUUAACUGUAAUGUUUGUCGCAAAGAUUUAGGCGAUGAUAGUCAAACCCAAAUCUUUCGUUGCGUAUUAGAUGGCGAAAACCACGAAAAGAUUUUUUAUCAAGAAUGUCCACAAAAACAACAAGAACCUAAUUUUUGGGAGCGAAUCCCCUUACCCGCUAAAAUCGGGGGAGGAGUUAUCACGGCUUUACUCGGAUUAUUAGCUACCCAAAAAGCCGAAAAGUUCGAAGAUAAAUUGAAAACUGUUAAAGAUAAUUUAGAAAAGAAAGAGCAUUUAUACAGUGAUGAAGAUGGAAAGUUUUAUCCACCCAAAGAACACGAAACUGAACAAGACAAAAUCAAAUUCCAAGAACACCAAGCUGAAGAAUAUGUGGAAAAUGUUUUGAAACCCGAAUACGAAAAGAAAAGCCAAGGGGAAAUGAUGGCGGAAGGUUUUUUUGAUGGGCAAACUGAAAACCUAAUCAUAAGACUUUACGAAAAAGCAACCGAUGAAGAAAAAGAAACUUUUAAAGAUAAAGUUGCAGAAGUAUUCCCCGAUAGUCCAUUAUUAGGUAAAUUAUCAAAGGAUGACCCCCAAGUUCGUUUAAUUCGCAAUAAAGCUCGCCAAGAAAAAGUAAAGGUACAACAGGAAGCGAUCCUUACUAAACUAAAAAUUGAAGAAGCGGCAAUUAAAGAGGAAAUCAAACAUUUAGCUCGGAUUAAGGGCAUUGAAAUUGGAGUAGCCGAAAUCGAAAAAAAAGAACCAGUCGAUUUAUUAGCUACUUUAAAACAUCACGGAACUAAUUUAGUUAAAGAUAAAGUGGGCAAUUUAUUGAAUCAGGAUAAAAAGGAAAAAUAA